AUGGACUAUGAAGCCAAAGUUAACAACCUACUCAGCGACACCGCCACAUAUGAAGCACUGAGAAGAGACCCAACCAGCGACUACAAGAAAAAGGUUAUAGACUGCCUACAAAGACUGGAGAGAGAUCAAGUCAUCGACAAGCUUCUAUUUUACAGACUGUACCCGGGAGCAGAUGUGCAUUUUUGCUUUUGUUUCACUUCAGGUCAGAAGACUUAUCUGAAAUCUUCAUCCUUUGUGUGGCAGAAAAGUGGUUUUCUAUCAGUCAACGUUGGUGACACAGUUACUUUAGAAUGUUCUUAUGAAGGUUAUGAAUUAACAUGGAUUUCCUGGUACAAACAAAGUUUGGGAGGAAAGCCUGAACUUAUGUCCAGUUUCUAUGCGUACAGCACGGAAGUGACCUUUUUUGAUGAAUUCAAGGACAAUUCACGCUUCAAACUGGAUAUAGAAAACAAAAAUCAUCACUUGAAGAUUUUGAAUUUGCAAUUUUCAGACUCUGCUACUUACUACUGUGCAGUGAGCUAUGCAAUGAUCCUGAAAUUCACUGAGGGUGUUACAGUCAAUGUAAAAGGUUCAGGCUUAACUGUCAUGAGUUCAGUGGAUCAGUCGUCCUCUGAGAACAUCCAUGCAGGAGACUCUGUGACUCUGAACUGUACAGUACACACUGGGAGCUGUGAUGAAGAACACAGAGUUUACUGGUUCAAAGACUCUGAAGACUCUCAUCCAGGACUCAUUUACACUCAUGGAGGCAGGAAUGAUCAGUGUGAUAGAAAGAACAACACACAAACACACAGCUGUGUCUAUGAGCUGCCUAUAAAGAAAGCGACAGAGUCUCAUGCUGGGAUCUACUACUGUGCUGUUGUCUCAUGUGGACACAUACUGUUUGGAAACGGGACCAAGCUGGACCUCACAGGUGAUGAUGAUUCUGAUAGUUUCCAUACUCCCUUCCUGGUUUACCUUUUUACAUCACUGAUAGUUAUCAUCUGUCUUCUUGUCUUGGUGAUUUUUCUGUUGUGCAAGAUGAGACAAAGCAACAAAUAUCCAUCCACAGAGGAGAGAUCGGCAACUCUGUCCUUAACAAGCACAAAGGUUAAAGUUCAAGAAGCAGAAAGCCUCCAGUAUGCCACUGUAGAUGUGAAGCGGAUGAAUCGAUCAAAAAGACAAAAGAACGACACCAGCAGCCAGUGUAUUUACACAAGUGUGAGGGAGAAGAGCUAAACCUUUUCAGGGAUAUGAAAUAUUUCAAGUAAGAGAUUUCCCCAUCAGAAUUUUCAAGUCUUCGAUGCCAUUCCAAGUUAUUGGAUUUUGAGUGCCAAGUCCUCAUCGGAUACUUUUGUAAAACAUUUUUAAAAAUUGAAAAUAUUGAAAUCCAGGUGGGUCCCUUUAAUUCUAUACACCUUAUUUUAUUAUUUAACACUUCUGUAAAGU